UCGAAUAAGUAUUUCUUCACUUAACGAUCCACAGUUGAAUACUUUGAGGGAAAUAAAACAAUGGUUCAUUCAAGACAAUCAACAAAAAAAAGAUUCGAGUCAAUGGUUUUCUGCACAGUGUCAGUUCGAUCUGAUUUUAUCAAUUAAUGGAUUCCUUGAAAUUGUAGAAUAUAUUUUUAAUAAUUGCCCGGGUGCUGUAAUUCAACCAAGAAGAGUCUCUCAAGAUAUGCUCGAGGGUUUAUUUGGAACGAUUAGAGAAAUGGGUAGCAAUUCUUCUACACAAACAGUUCAAUCAUAUGGAUAUGCAAUAAACAAAUUAACAAUAACAAUAUAA